GAAUACGUGUGUCUACGCUUGCAUGUUGCGAUGUUCGGAGGGAGAGACAGAGAUGGCAGGGCAAGAGAGGAUGACGGAGCGACGGUGCCGCGCGUGCGGACCAAGCGAGACGAUAUUCGUGGGAGAAAGAAAGGCGCGAGACGGACGAAGGCAACGAUAUUCGCGGACGAGGGUUUGGUUUUCGCCGACGCUCCCUGAGGCAGAGUCGGGCUCUUGCGACAUCUGAACCCCCGCCCAUCUCCAACCCUGUCUCGUUGCCGCAUUUUGGUGGGUUUCGCAUAGCAACGUUUUGAUCUUGGCUUGCCAGCUGACAGAACAUUUGGAAUUGCCAAUUUUUCUUCAUUCUCCUGUACAAGUUCAAGUCAGUAGCAGAUGGCCUCUUCUAAUAGCAGUGAGAAUGUGGUGCAAUCCAAAGCUUGUGGGGAGGGAGAUACAAAUGUGUGGACAAAAUCCUCUGAGAUUCCUGACAAACAACCAAAUAAAUCUCCUAAUUGCGAUGUUUUCAAGAGUGGGUAUCUCUUUAUUUCAUCUAAAGGAAUAGGUUGGACAUCAUGGAAGAGACGUUGGUUUGUCCUUACAGAAAAAUCAUUGGUCUUCUAUAGAGCUGAUCCUGCGACCGUCCCUCAAAAAGGAAAUGAGACAAAUGCAAGCCUUGGUGGUAUUGACUUGAAUAGUUCUGGAAGUGUUGUUAUAAAAGCGGACAAAAAGCUUUUAACGGUGCUUUUCCCAGAUGGUCGUACUUUUACCUUAAAGGCAGAAACUUCUGAAGAUCUGUUCGAGUGGAAAGCUGCACUGGACAAUGCUUUGGCACAGGCACCUAGUGCUGCACUUGCAAUGGGGCAAAAUGGGAUAUUCCAAAAUGAUACUAGUGAAUCAAUUGAAGCUUCAGAUGAUCCAUGCACUGAUCCAGAACCUGCCAAUUCUACUGUUAUUAGUAAGGCUUUCCUGCUUGAAUUUGAAGAUGAUGAUGGGAACCCUUCUUUCUUGGAAAAGGCCCUCAGGUUCAUUGAAGAACAUGGUGUGAAGGUGGAAGGCAUCUUGCGUCAGUCUGCUGAUGUUGAAGAGGUAAAACGCAGACUUCGAGAAUAUGAACAGGGAAAGGUUGAGUUUUCAUCAGAUGAAGAUGCACAUGUUAUUGGUGACUGCAUCAAGUAUGUGCUACGAGAGUCACCAAUGUUUCCAGUUUCUGCAUCUUGUUGUACUGCACUGGUCGAUGCAUACAGAACUGAACGUGGAAAAAGAGUGGAUGCUAUUCGCACUGUCAUUUAUAAAACUUUCCCAGAGUCGAAUCGCCAUUUGAUGCACAGAUUUCUUAAGAUGAUGCAAACAGUUGCUAUUCACAAAUCCCAGAAUCGAAUGUCACUUUCCGCAUUAGCAGCUUGCAUGGCCCCAUUACUACUCCGCCCACUUCUUGCUGGUGAUUGUGAAUUUGAAGAUAAUUUUAGUAUGGGUGGAGAUGGUUCUCUUCAACUUCUUAAAGCUGCUGCAGCUGCGAAUCAUGCUCAACUUAUCAUCAUAAUUUUGCUAGAGGAGUUUGACAAAAUAUUUGAUGAUGAUUCCUCAAAUGAUGAGUCAGUGUCAUCAGAGGUUUAUUCUGACUCAGAAGAUGCUGAAAUUGAAGAAGAUUAUUCAACUGAUAGUGACAUCCCAGAAGAUGAUGAAUCUCACGAUGACUAUAGCAAUGAUGAUUCUACUGAUAAUGGCAAUCAAGAAGAUGAUGAGCAUUGUCGCAUUAAUGAUUCACCCAAUCAUGACAUUCCUGAUGGUGUUGGAAAUCAUGACCAUUUAAAGAAUCCCGUAUCUAACUGUUUUACUGUUUGGAAACAUGUUACAAGUGUCUGUAUUUUUCUUUUCUUUUUGAUAAAGACUAAAGAUGUUUCUUAUUAUCAAGGCACUGAUCCAGAACCUGCCAAUUCUACUGUUAUUAGUAAGGCUUUCCUGCUUGAAUUUGAAGAUGAUGAUGGGAACCCUUCUUUCUUGGAAAAGGCCCUCAGGUUCAUUGAAGAACAUGGUGUGAAGGUGGAAGGCAUCUUGCGCCAGUCUGCUGAUGUUGAAGAGGUAAAACGCAGACUUCGAGAAUAUGAACAGGGAAAGGUUGAGUUUUCAUCAGAUGAAGAUGCACAUGUUAUUGGUGACUGCAUCAAGUAUGUGCUACGAGAGUCACCAAUGUUUCCAGUUUCUGCAUCUUGUUGUACCGCACUGGUCGAUGCAUACAGAACUGAACGUGGAAAAAGAGUGGAUGCUAUUCGCACUGUCAUUUAUAAAACUUUCCCAGAGUCGAAUCGCCAUUUGAUGCACAGAUUUCUUAAGAUGAUGCAAACAGUUGCUAUUCACAAAUCCCAGAAUCGAAUGUCACUUUCCGCAUUAGCAGCUUGCAUGGCCCCAUUACUACUCCGUCCACUUCUUGCUGGUGAUUGUGAAUUUGAAGAUAAUUUUAGUAUGGGUGGAGAUGGUUCUCUUCAACUUCUUAAAGCUGCUGCAGCUGCGAAUCAUGCUCAACUUAUCAUCAUAAUUUUGCUAGAGGAGUUUGACAAAAUAUUUGAUGAUGAUUCCUCAAAUGAUGAGUCAGUGUCAUCAGAGGUUUAUUCUGACUCAGAAGAUGCUGAAAUUGAAGAAGAUUAUUCAACUGAUAGUGACAUCCCAGAAGAUGAUGAAUCUCACGAUGACUAUAGCAAUGAUGAUUCUACUGAUAAUGGCAAUCAAGAAGAUGAUGAGCAUUGUCGCAUUAAUGAUUCACCCAAUCAUGACAUUCCUGAUGGUGUUGGAAAUCAUGACCAGCAUAAUGGCCUUGAAGCAAAUAAAGAUGAUUCCGAAUGUUCGGGAAGUGGAACAAUUAGUGAAAGCUAUAGCAAUCCUGGAAGUGAUUCAUGUGACAAUGAGGUCAUAGAUAAUAAGAAAGAACAUUGUGCAUCUAUGCAACAAAGUAAUGCUCUUGAUGGUUCCAAAUCCCGAGCAGAUGUUAAACAUCACAAUUUGUCACAAGAAAUUAAUUAUCAUAAAUCAUCAUCAUCAUCUGAUAUUGUAAUUCCUGAGGAUUCUACUCAACAGAAAUAUGAUGCGAUAAUUUCCCAUGGUGCCUCUCAUGAUUCUACUAAUGAUAUUUGUACAAGUCGAACUCAGAGGCCAGUCAGUCAUAUGCUUCAUUCUUACACUGAAAAAAUUGCGGAUAAGUCAAAGGAAGCAGUGAUCCCUGCAAAAAGACCUACUGUAUGGGGUCGAACUCCUGCAAAGAAAAACCUUUCCAUGGAAUCAAUCAACUCAUCAAAUGAAGAUGAGUUGUCAAUUCAAAUUCUAGAGAAUACCAAAAAUGAUUUGCAAGAUAAAAUCGCCAAAGAGGUAAAAGAGAAUGCAAUUUUACAAGAGAAUUUGCAAAGGCGAAAAAAGUCUUUGUUUGAGUGCCGUUUAGCUCUUGAGCAGGAGGUUAAAAGAUUGCAAAACAAAUUACAAGAUGAAAGAGAUUUAAGAGCAUCCUUGGAGUCUGGACUAACGAGCAUGCGACCUGAAAACAUGACUUUUGCUUCUUGUAUGGAUAACAAGACAAGGGCAGAUAUAGAGGAAGUUGCUCUUGCGGAAGAAGAUAUUGGGGUUUUGAAGCAGAAGCUUUCUGAUCUUCAUGGACAACUUAUUCAUCCGCAACACCCAAGAUAUACUUCCUUAUGUGAGUCAUGCAGGAAAUAUCUAGACAGCAGCAAUCACUCUUCUGAGAAGGGUAAGUUGGAAGAUGAAAAGCAUACUGAUCCUGUUCUUAAACGAGAAGAGUUUUUGAAACAAGCUAAUAUUGGGAAAGACAGUGUCAAAGAGGAAUCUCGAUCCCAAGAAUUGUCUACUACUAAAGAGUCAGGAAAUGCUAUGGAAAUUCCUGCUUUGAAGAAGGAAGACCAAGAGUUAUCUUCAUCCAACAAACAGAACUCCCACCCUGAAUGGCCAAGCAGCAUAGCUUUAAACAUUCUAAAAGCGCAGUCCUCUGAGACUGAGGAAACAACCUCCACAUCUGUUCCAGCCCUUGCCAAGUUGACAAACCGCUUGAACUUAUUGAGGGAACGGCGUGCAAAACUUGCAAAUGAGGUGCAAAAUGCUCAGAAAAAUUUUACAUCAGCUCCCGUUGGCCCUCCCCAGACAGGCAAUUCUGGCUGAUUGUGGAUUCUAUCGAACAACCUUUUCACAAUUAUCUACUUUCAAACUUCGAGAUUUUUUUCUUCAUGUAGACGAUGGUGAUGGCGACGAUGACAAUUAGUGAACAAAAAUCUCAACCAUGGAUUACUACCAUUCUUGUAAACAUGUACACCUCUGAUUCUUAAAAAUUACCCAAUCACUUA